GUAGAACAUCGCUGUUCUGGUCAAAUUUUUCAAAAAAAUAUCCGUUGCACCUGCUUUAAUUGCUCCAACAACUCUUUUUUUCAAAUUCUUGAACGUUGGCCACCCUCUCUCCUAUAUAUUUGGACCCCCUCUUCUCAUCUUUACACACACAAACACAAACUUCUUCAAUCUCCUUGCAUAUUUUAUCCUCUCUAACAUUCUUUUUGAGAUUUCUUCAUCACCAUGGCCAAAGAUAAGAACAGGGCAGGAGCUUCCGGAAAAUCCAAGGCAAAAUCCCGGGCACCGGUAACCAAUCCCGAGGAUCGCAUCGACUACAACGAUGGGACGUAUCUCUGGUUCGAUUCCGAGGAGGAGCGCACCCGUUUUCUCACCUUCUUCUCUAAACGGGUUGUGGCUCCCCCACGAAUCAUCCCGGAGCGCUACCCGGAGCUGCAAGGCUACGACGACCUUGACGCACAGCUUCAUCAAGCCGGUCUUUGGCCGUUCGUCUCCCGGGCACGCAAGGAGAUCAACCCGGCACUAAUUCGGGCCUUCUACUCCAACCUCCGCUGUGAGGACGACGUGCUCUACUCGCUCGUCAAGAGCACGCCGAUCGAGCUCACUGUGGAGCGGUUUGGACGCAUCGCCGGCCUCCCCUUCCAAGGCGACGAUGUGUCACACUAUGGUGGAGAGGAUUGGGUGCUCAACAACGAGGGCCUUAUCCUCAACGAGCUUGGCAUCACCGAGCUCAAACGCCAUGCCUCAGGCCGCCCAACCAUCCACUCCGCCAAACCCGAAGGCCGCCUGGUCCUCUACAUCGUCACCCGAAUCCUCAAACCCAGGAAGCACGGCCACACCAUCAUGCACGGUGAAGACCUCAAACUUAUGCACGCAAUCAUGCACUCGGCCCCAAUCAAUUGGGCAAAGUUCGUCAUGAUCAACAUGACGAUUGCUGCGUCCACCGAGCACGACCACCUCCUCCCGUACCCGUUCUUGGCCACGAAGAUUUGGACAAUUAGUAACCAAACCUUCCUCAAGCGGUCGGACAACACCGCGGCUGCCACUGCCGAGCCACGCCGCACUGCCCCUGCCGCUGGCCCAGCCGGACCCCAGGCCCGAGCCAACCUUGCCUCCAUCGCCGACUCCCUCAACCGGCUCCACCUCAAAGUUGACGGGAUGGGUGGCUGUCUUGAACGACUCGACGUGGCUGUUCAACGCCAAGGAUACGCGAUGAAUUCGUACUUCCAAGGCAUCAACUACGUCCCCCCACCGUACCACGGCACGUUCCUUGGGCAAGUGUAAGCUAUUUCCCUUUAUUAAAUAAAAUCAUCUCGUUUAUCUUUUUGUUAAUGUCAAAAGGGGGAAGAAAAGGGCUAUGCAUAU